AGAGUAUUAUGGGAUGUGUUGAUGGCUCGGUGAAAGAAUUUCAUCGGGACAACAAAGGCCGAAUAUCGCUUUGUUUAGCACCGGGUUAUGGAGUUAGCGAACAUGGGCGAAAGAAUAUUUGCAGCGGAACGCAUUCUCAAGAGGCGUGUGCGCCGGGGAAAAGUGGAAUUCUUCGUCAAAUGGAAGGGCUGGUCUGUGAAAUACAACACAUGGGAACCACAAGAAAAUAUACUGGAUCGUAGACUGAUCGAGGCUUUUACUAGAAGUCAGAGAGAUCGGGAUGGACCUCCAUUGAAGCGUGGACCUAAACCAAAGAAAUUAAAACUACAGGAAGCUGCUCAGGACAACUCUGACGAUGAUUCUGAUGAUGACUCCGACGACGAUGAUGAUGACAAAAGUAAAGACGAUGACUCCAUUGAUGACGCAGCCAGUUCGAGCAGUGCAUCUAGUGACGAGGCUCUGUCCUCCAUCAGAAACAAAGAUGAAAGCAAACACAAGGAAAAGAGCCUGGACAAGGAAGAACCAUCACAGUCCAAGACAUCUGCUGAAUCCACCUCUUCUGAUACCAAGACCAAAGAGUCCAAUGGGCAGGCAUCUCCUUUUUCUGUUCCACAAAAGCGAGGACCAGGUCGACCACCGAAAUAUCCCAGACCUCCUGGUUGGGUUCCAAAACCGAAGCCGGCUGCGAAGAUUAAAAUCAAAGAUAAAACGUUAAUCAAACUAAAACCCGGACCAAAGCCUAGAAAGCCGGGUCGCCCUCCUAUAGGAAGAGGUCGUGGUCGGGGUAUUGGUCGCGGUGUGGGGCGUGGACUUGGGAGAGGUCUUGGGAGGGGAGUGGGCAGGGGUGUCGGGAGGGGUGUGGGGCGUGGUGUCGGGCGAGGUCUUGGACGUGGUGGCGGGAAACAGCUAAGUGCCGCAAAGUCGGUCGCUCGACCAAAGUUACUCAAUUCCUACAGUGUUCAAAAAAUGAGUAUGAAAGACAAGGAAAAUAAAACUCACGAGCCUUUCAAAGUGAAAAACGGACACACGGAAGAUGUGAAGAGUAACUGUGAUUCCAAAAAGCUGGACUCGUCCGUGUACAACUUCGAUGACGUGGAUUCGGACGUCCAGCCCAUCUCUGUUUCUCCCAAACUCAGGGAGAAGCCCACCGAGAAAAAGUUGUACUGGUCACCCCCUAUCACUGCCAAACCAAUCCUUGACCAGGUGUUUCUCACAGACGUAACCCGAGAUUCGUUGACAAUUACAAUCAGAGAGUGCACUUCCGACAGUGGAUUCUUCAAGGACAGAGAUAAAAAUGAUUGAAAGUAACAUAGUUGUGAAACAUGGGAGAGAGAGAGUAUGUGAUGAAAUGUUUUGUGGGUUUUUUUCACUGGAUGGAUGGAAUACAUUCUUUGUACGCGUUUACUUUUAUUAACCAUACAAAUAGAUGCUGUCAUGACUCCAUUUUGUACAUUAUUUAAUUGUUGUCAUACAACAUGGAUGAAUGGAAUAAAUGUUGCAUGUAUAUUACCCAUAGAAUCAGUGUGAAACAAUUUUCAUGUUGGUGAAUCCAUUUAUUUGACAUUUCAAUGAUUCAUUUUCGCCCGUGUUUUAUACUGGAUAAUCAGUCACCCAUCGUGUAUACUGUGGAUAUAACACUGAAGAUGUCUCAUGACCACAAACCAUUUUACUUGUAGAUAUUUUGCUUUGGCAGAAUUUCAUUUAUGGCAUUGGAAUGCUGGCAUUAAUAUUGAAAGACUAGUCUGGAAGUGUAGACAUCUUUGUGUUCAACACUUUAUUUCAUUGGUUAACAUUGCUUCCAUAAUACAUUUAUGUUUGUGUGUGUUUCACUUAUGAAGCUUGAUGCCAAAGUCAGAUAUGCUGCUUUCUGUAAAUUUGUACAUGUAUAUUCAUGACCUACAUAAUAAAAUCAGCAAAAUA